AUGUCUUCUGACCCUCACCGCGGCGGACGUCUCGAGGACAUGGCUCCCGAGGGCACUCGCAUUCCCAAUGAUGCAGGCAUCAUGAACACAAUCCCCUCCGUUCCUCGCCCUGAUCAGCGCUCCGAAGAUUCUCAGUUCGAUAACUACGGUAUCGCUCACCCGACCUCCGCCUUUGCCGCCGACAACGCCACCGAUAUGCCUCGCAGCACAAGAGACAUGGCUCCCUCAGGCGAAGUCAUCACCGGAACUGGUGAUAGUUUCCCGGCUGAAGGCGAGUCCAAGAGGACCCUGAUCGGCACCAAUCACCCUGGUGCCAAGGGCGAGUCCAGAAACCUGAAGCACUCCAAUCUUAACCGCAGUUCUUACGAGCGGUUCUCCGGGGAGGACGAAGAUGCUAUUGGCGAGCAUCAGAUCAGGAACGAGUAA